AUGACUGAUGAAACAGGUACAACUACCUUAAAUUUAUUUUCACAACAAUUUGAUUUAUAUUCAUUACUUCAAAAAGCUGCAUCAGUUAAUAAUACUUCAUUAUCACCUAAAAAUCAAGAUUUAACUAACAAUGAUAAUAAUAAUUUAUUUCCAUCAUCACCUAUCUCACAAAUUAAAGGAACAUUAUCUCCAGUUUCUUCACCGGUCAAUUCAAAUGCUAAUACAUCAGCUUCAUCUAAUAGUAAUGACUCAGCACCAAGUCUUCUUUCAAUGGUUAAAAUGGAGACACGUAAACCACUUACAGAGGAGGAGAUUCGUAAAGAAAGAGCUAAAUUUACCCCUAUAACACCUAUCUAUGUUCCUACUGGUCAUGGAAGGCAAGUUUUAAUAUAUGAUUCAAAAUCACAUCCUGGUCAUCGAAGAGAAUUUUCUUAUAAAACACAAUUUACUAAUCAAGCUGGAUGUACUACAGUAUAUUAUCGAUGUUUAGGUUGUAGAACAUUAAGAAGACAUCUUCAAAAUAUGUUACCAGCAGAAUCAUUACCAGCUGUACCAUGUAUUGCUGUAAAAAAUGGUGUUUUAAUUAAUAAUCCUGAUUAUCCUGAAGCAGCAGAUCAUUUUUGUCAACCACCCACAAUAAGUCAAAGUGAUGAAAGAUUUAGGACAGGAAAAAGAAGAAAUACUAUGAGAAAUAGAUUAAAAAAAAGUACAUUAGAACAACAUAUUAAUUUGGCUCAAUUUAAUACAAAUUUACCAGAAGGAGUUGAUGAAAAAACAAAAAUAAGAGAGAUAUUAAAAAAUCUUUCAACUAAUUUAUAUCAAUCACCUAUCUUACCUAAUCCUACAUCAUUAUCUGAAAAUAAUGGUACAGGAGAAAAUAAUCAUAAUAAUAAGGAUGACAUUAUUAAUCAUAAUGAAAGUACAUCUAAUAUAUUAAAUAAUUCAUCUUCUGUAAUAUCAAAUUCUUCUAUUCUUGAUGAUUCUGGAACUGGUACCUUUAAUUUUAAUCUUUUUGAAUCUCUAACAAAGCAAGCUAAUCAACAGGUAGUUGCUAAUUUAAAUCAAUCAUUUUUAGCAACAAUGUUUGGAAAUACUUCAACAAUUACUCCACAAAUACAAAAUAAUAAAAAAGAAUCUUCAAAAAAUUCUAAAACAUCUAAAUUAGAUUCAUUAUUAGAGAUGGUUGAAAUGAAACAUAACAAUGAAUCUAAUACUUCAUUAAAAGAUGAAAGUACUGAUGAGGAAUUGUCUACUGAAAAGAAAGAUACACCAACACCUAAUGAAUCAUUAUGGGAUUCUAUAAUAUCAAAAACAUCCAUAAAAACUGAGAAUGAUUCAAAUAAAGCAUCAAUAAAUUUUAAUAUAAAAAGUUUUGUUGUUGAAAUUCUUUUAAGAUAUGUUAAAAAUAAUUAUGAGGUUCCAGAAGAUGAACAAACAACAAGAAAAAUGGCAGAUUUUAUUUGUAGUCUUCUUUUGUCAUUGUCUAAUAAUUUAUAUUUUACUAUUAAUAAUAUAAAAAAUAGAUCAUGGAAUAAUAUUGAAACAGCACAAGAAGGACUUCAUGGAAAAGUACUGGCAUUAGUUGGUUUAGGAAGAUGUACCAGUGAAUUAGUAACUAGAAUGAAGGCUUUUGGUAUGAGAAUUAUUGGUUAUGAUCCAAAUGGUAUUACUGUUGAUGAACAUAUUAAAAAAUUAAUAACAAUUAUGUCAUUUUAUGAUAUUUUAUCAAUGGCUGAUUAUAUUGUAAUAAAUGUUCCAUUAACAGCAUCAACAUUAAAUAUGUUUACAAAAGAUAUUUUUUUCAAAUGUAAAAAAUAUUGUAAAAUAGUAAAUGCUUCUCCAAGAGGAAUUGUUAAUGAAGGAGCUCUUCAACAUGUUCUUGAGAAAACAUCUAUCAUUGAAAGGAUUGCUCUUCAAAUAGAACCUGCCGAUUGUACAAUACCUGAAAAAAUAAUGAGAAAUGAAAAAGUUAUUUGUGUUUCUAAUCCAUUCAUUAGAAGUGAUCGUUUAAAUGCCAUUUCUAGUCUAGUAGAAUCUGUUAGUAGUCUUAACAAUGGAACUGGAUUUUUUGACAAAAUGACAAAUGUUAAUGGUUUGAUAUUAGAUGAAAUAAAAGAAUGUUACAUUAAAAGUACAAUUCAAUUAUCACAAAUAGUUCAAGCUUUAAAACCAAGUAGUAAAGAAAUAUUAAUAAAGUAUCCUCAAAUGUUACUUCCUCUUCAGAAUGCUUUUAGAGCAGGUGGAGUAGUAGGAAUUAUGAGAUCAAUGGAUAUGGUUGGACAAAAUCUUGCAAUUACAGAAGCCUUAGCUAAUAAUAUGGGAAUUAAAGUUAAAGUACUUGCACAUUCUUCUCUUGAAUUUGCCGUCAUUUCUGGAACAACUUCGGUUACCGGUUAUACAUCUCCUGGAGGAACAGUUAUUACAACGAUAAAUAGUCAUAAACUUCCAGUAACCCUAUUUGCAUCAGGAAAUUUAGCUAUAACCCUUGAAAAUACAGAACCUUUUGGUGAAAAUAACGGGUUAGUUUAUGGAGAAUAUUCACUAAUAGGUGGUAAGGGAAAAGUUCUCGUUCUUGGUGAUAUCACUCCAGAGCAAAAGAAGUUGAUUGAAGAAAAACUUAUUGUUGUACAAUUUUAA